UCGACAACGACAAUUGACAACUUCACCGCUGCAGUCGACAAGCUCGAUUCUACAGGCCGCAACUGGAUCAUCUUCCAAAAGCGAUUCACCAUUGCUGCAAAGCAGAAGGAGGUGUACAGUCACCUCACUGGUGCAGCUGCUCGCCCUGUGCAUGCUGAUCCUGCCAAGCCCACUCCCACUGAGGAUGCUGCAAUUGCAUCCUGGGACAAGAAAGAGAAUCUUGCGAUGUACCUGUUGACGCAGAAGCUGCAUGACGUGACACUGACAAAGCACUUGCGCAAGGGGACGGUUGCAGAGAUCUGGUCGGCGGUGAUGCAGGAGUUCACUCAGAAGAGUCUGCUACUGCGUGCGACGAUG